GGCGUCCGCGACCCGCUCGGCGGUCUGCAUAAAAAUGUUUAAGGACGGACGUUGUGCUGAGGAGAUCGGUGAAAGUUCAAGUGGAAUAAGGAGUGACACAUUCACGGCUGACGAGAUGCCACCUGUGGGAAGCGAGAAAAAGAGCGCAGCACAUAGAGGCCUUUUGGAGCGUUUAGCAUCUGGGGAGAUCAUUAUUGGAGAUGGGGGAUUUGUCUUUGCUCUUGAGAAGAGAGGAUUUGUCAAAGCUGGCCCCUGGACUCCAGAAGCAACAGCUGAGCAUCCAGAGGCAGUGAAACAGCUGCACCGUGAGUUCCUCAGAGCAGGCUCCACAGUCUUGCAGACAUUCACUUUUUAUGCAAGUGAAGACAAGUUGAAGAACAGGGGAAAUUACGUGGAGGAAAAAAUUACAGGCUCUAAAGUGAAUGAAGCUGCAUGUGAUAUUGCUAGGGAGGUAGCUAAUGAAGGAGAUGCCCUGGUUGCUGGUGGUGUCAGCCAAACUCCAUCUUACCUCAGCAACAAAAGUGAGGCUGAUGUAAAGGCAAUCUUCAGAAAGCAACUGGAUGUUUUUGUCAAGAAGAAUGUGGACUUCCUUAUUGCUGAGUAUUUUGAACACGUGGAGGAAGCAGAAUGGGCAGUCCAUGUUUUGAAGCAAUCCGGCAAACCAGUUGCUGCCACCAUGUGCAUAGGUCCAGAGGGUGACCUGGCUGGAGUAUCAACUGGGGAAUGUGCUGUCAGACUUGUAAAGGCAGGUGCUGACCUCGUUGGAGUGAACUGCCAUUUUGAUCCGACCACUUGCCUUAAAGCUGUAAUGCUUAUGAAGGAAGGAUUAGAAGCUGCGAAUCUGAAGGCUUACUUAAUGGUGCAGCCUCUUGCCUUCCACACACCUGACUGUAACAAGCAGGGAUUCAUUGAUCUACCAGAAUUCCCAUUUGCUCUGGAGCCACGAGUUCUCACUAGAUGGGACAUUCAUAAAUAUGCCAGGAGUGCGUACAACCUGGGAGUCAGGUACAUUGGAGGCUGCUGUGGCUUUGAGCCUUAUCACGUUAGGGCCAUAGCUGAAGAAUUGGCAGCUGAGAGGGGCUUCCUUCCAGUAGCUUCAGAGAAACAUGAUGCCUGGGGAGGUGGUCUUGCUAUGCAUACAAAGCCUUGGGUGCGAGCAAGAGCUCAGAAGGCAUAUUGGGAGAAUCUAAAGCCUGCAUCUGGCCGACCAUAUUCAUCUUCCCUUUCAAAGCCAGAUAGCUGGGGUAUGACCAAAGGAGCCAAUGACCUAGUUCAACAAGUGGAAGCAACAUCUGACAGGCAAUUGAAAGACACGAUUGAGAAGCAGAAGAGUUUUACUGGAAAGGUGGCUUAAUGUUCUGUGCAGACAAAAAUACUAAAUAUGUGAAUAAAACCUUGAACCAUUGAAUAUUA